UGCACACGCCUGCACAUUGCAAGGAAGAAUUGCUUGCUACACAGUCCAUUUGCGAUAACGAUUUGCUUGCCUGCUGCAAUGAAGAAAUGCUUGCUACCAAUGCUGAGGGACAGCUAGUAUCCAGAUGUAUUUCAAUUUUAUCAGAAAAAUUUGAACCCCAACCCACUUACUUGUCUUAUUCAUCUGAAGCAUACAAGAGUUUUCCUCAGUUUACUAUGAUGAUAGCAGGACGCUCCAUUACAUUUUUAGUAGAUUCAGGUGCUACAAAUUCAGUCAUUAAAAGUACAGAGUUCCCCAGUUCGCCCAAGCUUAGUGGUCGUUUUGUUUAUUCAAUGGGCGCCUCAGGUCAGGUUGUUAAAGAAAAUCUUACUGUACCCUUACCCUGCAACAUUCCAAACGGAGACCCCUUGAAGCAUUCCUUUUUGUUAUCAAAUCUAUGUCCUAUUAAUCUGAUGGGUAGGGAUUUGAUGUGUCGUUUGGGUAUUUGUUUGUUGUCUACACCAGAGGGCAUCAAGGUUACUGAAUUAUCAGAGGUUUUUUGUACUAUGGCACUCUCAAGUCAGACAGAUCUGCUGUAUGCCUAUCAGUGGAAAGUAACAGACCCUCCAAAGGGGGGGAGACUGUUAGAGAUAGCCAGGUCACUUGUCUCCUCUGUUCAUGUUGAUUUUAUGAUGCCGGAUGAUUUGCAUUGUACUUCUCAUAUUAGUAUUGGAGCAGAUACAGUUUAUGAAACCGGCUGGUUUCUGGCUGUAAAAUCAGAGAGUUUGCAGAUUGUUAAUUUGUAUUAUAUGGAUUUUUGUUGUGUUGCUGAAGUAUUGUUAAAACAAGAUCAACAGAGUUUCUUUGAUGUUUGUGAUUCUACUUCUCAUGUCUCUUUGGUCAAGAGUUCCGACAUGUCUUGGCGAGAUUUGGGCCCGUUUCUGGCUGAAUGCUUGAAGGUCUCUGACUGGGUCAGUACAACAGACCCCAACGUUUCUUAUUCACUUACUAUGAAUUGUUUCAAGAAGUCUUUCCUUGCUGAUGUGCCUGUGGUCCGUCACGUACAAAUAGUAAAGGAGUCUGUUCACUUGCCUGUUCUGACAAUGACACAGUCUGAUUUAUCACCUGACCCAGCACUUGACUCGGUUCCUAAAACUUUGUGGGCCACUGGCAAGUAUGAUGUUGGUUUGAUCAAGAACUGUGAGCCAGUGGUUAUCACUCCAAAGUCUGAUUUCCGGCCCUGUCGAAAACAAUACCCACUUAAACCUGAAGCUCUUGCCGGUAUCAGACCUGUUUUUGAGUCUCUGCUCAAUGCUGGAGUUAUUGUGCCUUGUGAGUCAUCUCCUGUCAGAUCCCCUUUAUUUCCUGUUAAAAAGAUUUGUGACGUGGGCCUUCCUGUUGAGUGGCGCUUUGUUCAGGACUUGCAAGCUGUCAAUGCUGCCGUGCAGCCACGUGCUCCACACGUGCCUAAUCCUUACACCAUUCUAUCACAAGUCCCACCCACAGCAAGAUUCUUUUCUGUUGUUGACUUGGCCAAUGCCUUUUUCAGUGUUCCUGUUCAUAAGGACAGCCAGUAUUGGUUUGCAUUCAACUUUGACGGCAAGGCUUACACUUUCACCAGGUUAUGUCAGGGCUACUGUGAAAGUCCUACAAUCUACAACGAGGCCAUAAAGACCAGCCUUGAGACACUUGAACUCUCUCCAGGAACAGUUUUGCUGACCUACGUCGAUGACCUCAUGACCUGCUCGCCAACUGCUGACCAGUGCAGAAAAGACACCAUCACCUUGCUUAAACAUUUGGCUUCAGAAGGCCACAAAGCCAGUUUGUCAAAACUGCAGUUUGUUAAAGAGUCUGUAACAUUUUUGGGACAUGUGAUCACAGCUGAGGGCAAAUCUCUCUCUCCCAAGAGAUUAGCAGCAAUUCAAAACAUCCCAAAGCCAAUUACAAAAAAGCAAGUCAUGUCAUUUCUUGGAAUUUGUUCUUACUGUCGACAGUUCAUUCAAAAUUAUGCAAUCCUAGAGGCCCCACUCAGUGCACUGAUUCAUGGGCAGAGCCUCUCCUCAAAUGACAAAGUUACAUGGACACCGGAAGCGUAUGACAGUUUUUGUGAACUGAAACUAACCCUACAGUCUUCACCCACUCUAGGUCUUCCAGAUCCAACUAGGCCUUUCAUUCAAGCUGUGGAUGAGAAAAGUGGGUGCAUGACUUCUGUUCUCCUGCAGGAGCAUGGGGGCGGGCAACGUCCGGUUGCUUACUUCUCUGCUAAACUUGACCCAGUCGCAGCUGGACUUCCGCUUUGUCUGAGAGCUGUGUCUGCUGCAGAGAAAGCAGUCAUGGCAUCAAGAGACAUAGUCGGGUAUUCACCUCUAACCCUUCUUGUCCCACAUGCUGUUUCAUUAAUUUUGCUCGAACAGAAAACUUCUCAUCUGUCCGCCGCUAGGUGGUUACGUUACAAUGCCUCAUUGUUGAAUAUGCCUAACAUCACCAUCAAGCGUUGUAAUGUUCUUAACCCUGCUACCCUUUUACCCACAAUUGUGGAUGGUGAACCCCAUGACUGUGUGCUAACCCUCCAGGAGGCCUGCACUCCCAGACCUGAUCUCCAGGAAACACCAUUAUCCAACCCCGACUUCAUUUUGUUUGUGGAUGGGUCCGCCUCUCGCGACCCCUCUACGAGUGUUAACAAAGUUGGAUAUGCUGUUUGUUCUGCACAUGACACUCUUGUUUCAGGCUCUCUUCCCAGCCACCUCUCAGCCCAGGCGGCUGAGUUGGUAGCCCUAACUGAGGCCUGUCGUCUGGCUGCAGGUAAAUCUGUUACCAUCUAUACCGAUUCCCGGUAUGCCUUUGGUGUCGUUCACGAUUUUGGUGCCCUAUGGAAACACAGAAAGUUCCUCACCUCCUCGGGUAAACCCAUCUCUCACCACACUAAAGUCGCUGCCCUGUUGGAUGCAAUUCUCCUUCCAUCUAAAAUUGCUGUGUGUAAAUGUCAAGCCCACACCCAUUCAUGUGACCCUGUGUCUUUAGGGAACGACAGAGCUGACAAAGCUGCUAAGGCGGCUGCUCGAGCUUCAACCACUUCCUUCCUCUUUUCUGAACAAGCCUCGAACUCUGAGGUUCCCUCUUCUGAGGUUCCCUCUUCUCUCGCAGCUCUUCAGUCAUUCGCCACCCCCCAGGAGAAAGCCCUGUGGAAGUCAUCUGCCUGCACCCUAACAGAAGGAGUGUGGCGCAGUGUGUGUGGAAAACCCUGCCUUCCCAAACAUUUCUUUCCCCAUUUUGCAAAAUUGACACAUGGGCGGGACCAUGCGUCAAAAGCGGGGAUGAUAAGUAUGCUAACACAACAGUGGUUUACAAAGGGAUUUAUAGCAUAUGCACAGCGAUUUUGUCAGUCAUGUAUGAUAUGUGCAAACCACAAUGUAGGACGAGGCAUACCCACUACACAGGCCGCACAUCCACCCCCAUCACAGCCAUUUGAACACCUCAUGAUGGAUUUUAUUGAGUUAACACCAUCUGAGGGAAAAGUGUACUGUUUGGUUAUGGUAGACUUAUGGUCAAAAUGGAUUGAAGCUUUCCCUGCAAAACAUGCCACCAGCCAUGUUGUUACAAAAGCACUACUAACUGAGAUUGUUCCUAGAUGGGGUAUACCAGCAAAAGUCAGUAGCGACAAUGGUGCACAUUUUGUCAACUCUGCUCUUGAUCAGGUCGGAAAAUAUCUAGGUAUUGACAUGAGGCGUCAUUGUGCAUACCAUCCGGCCAGUGGGGGAGCAGUCGAGCGGGAGAAUGGGACCUUAAAGAUGAAGCUGGCCAAAUGCUGCGAGGACACUGGUCUCUCAUGGACCAAAGCACUGCCCAUUGCACUGACCUACAUGAGAAUGAGAAAGAGAACCAGAACUAAUCUCAGUCCGUUUGAGAUCCUUUUUGGGCGACCUCCUACACUGGGGAUUUCUACACAGGUAAAAGACGCAUUGCCCCAGCCAGCUGAAGGUACUCUACACAACCUUAAGCCAGGUGAUUGGAUCGUGGUGAAAGAUCUGCGCAGGAAGAACUGGAGAUCGAAGAGGUGGUUAGGACCGUUCCAGAUCCUGCUAACUACACACACUGCUGUAAAGACGGCUGAAAGAGCGACCUGGAUCCACGCCAAUCACUGCAGAAAGGUUCCUGAGCCUCCCGAGUAACCACA